UUCGGGGUGGGCUUGGUCUUAUUCUCAUUGGCUCCGUCCACGAUGACGUUCUCCCGCGGUGCCAGCCACGCCUCCUGUCAGGAGAUGAUUCCCGGCCACAUCCGUGCUCAACCCCAGAACCUGCAGCACAACCACGUCACCCUGCGCGCAUCCGCAUCUUCUUACCUGCCUGGACAGUUAUUUAAUGUCUGUUUCUUUGUUUAUGUGCUUGUGUUCUCAGUAACUGUUCGAAGCUCUCGGGACUUCAUGGGUUUCCUGCUCCAGGCUCGCAGUGUGGAGGGUGCUGGGGGCAGGGCUGGGGUUGGGUUCAAGGCCAGAAAGGGAGUUGGAGCUGGGGUCAGGUCUACGAGAGUGGGCCCGGUGCUGGUGGGUGGCUCCUGGACCGUAACUCCCCCUGGCACACACACUCUGCGCUGCCUCUCGGAGGGCGACACCCUCACACACACUGACAAACAGCCGAAGAGAAACCUCUCGUUUGUGUGGAGGGCUCCUGAUGUACCCAUGGGAGACAUCAGGUUCUACAUCACAGUGGUGCAGUCUUACUUUGUGUACUGGGCAGGUAUUUCGUCCGCAGUGGUGCGUGAUGGGAGUCAUAGUCAUUGGAGUGGGAGUAACAUCACAGGGGUGGAUGAGAGAAAUUCAAUUUCUGCACCACAGGAAGAUGAAGUUGCUGCUCUGCAAGGUAUGCAACUUGUUGUGACUGAAGAGGCAGGUGCUGUUCAUACCGAGGACCCGAAGAGCUCUCUUUUCUCUUCCAGCCACCUUCGUUUCACAGACUCUUUCUCCUCAGCCGAGGCUAAAGGGAUGGACUCUACUACCAGUCUUCUGCCCAACAUCACAGUGCAAAACACAACCAGUAUUCUUUCUCUGCUACACUCCCUUGCUUCCCUACCCCCUCUGAAGGAUGUUGGGAUGGAAAGAAAAGAUGCAAAGAGAAACUUCCAUGAUCCAAAGCUGCCCACUAUUCCCGAAACAAAAGACACAGCAUUAAAUCCCCAAACCUCCACCAUGGUUAUACCUUUAACAAGUCAUAGCUUCCACAAUUUAAAUUUCCCAAGGCCGAUAUCCCAGAAUCCAAAAGGACCAAUCCAGGACCAAACUAGUCCAGUAAAGUUUAAGACCCAGAGCAGUCCAUCACAUCCCUGGAGGAAUAGCCUAACCACGUCUAAAAUUAGUCUAAUCAAGGAUGAAAUGGAUAGCCAGACCCUGAUCCAGCCUCAGAAUCCUCAUCUCAAGGCAUUAGUCCACUCCCAAACUGGUACAAGUCAGUCCUUUCCCGAGUCCCACACAACUUCAUCCCACACUCAGGCCCACCUUCAGUCCCAAGCAAAGAUCAAAACCAUGAGCCCCAUCUUUGUUGCCAUUCCUCCAUCUUUUUCCACACCUCAUUCUUCAUCCUUUUCUUCCACCCAUACGUUGCCUGCCUCUUCCCCUGUACACUCUAGUUCUACCACUCAUCGCACCGAAAGUUCAACGCUGUCUACCACCCCUCACCCAGAACCCUCUCCAGCUCCCCGUCGCUCUCUCUUCAACCCGCUCACAUCCACCGCCUCACCUGUGCCUUCCCAACAACUCACCCUAGAUCAAUGGUUCACCCAAACCCCAAACCCAAUCCAAACCAUGACCCAGACCCUCAAACUAAAUACAGGCCAUGAGUUGAAACCACACCCUCCCAACACGGAUACUAAACCCAAAACCAAACAUCCCUCUGGAAAGCCAGACAGGGAAGGGAAGUAUCCAGACAUAACUCCCAGACACAGUGCCUGGGAGCUGGGCAUGCUCCUGGGCUGUUCAGCUACCUUGGGCAUGGUGCUGGUGAUCGGCAUAAGGUACAUGUACCGUCAGGCCUGUGCCAAACGGACAGAGGUGACACUGAACGACAGGGAGAGAGAGUAUGGGAGGGGAGAGCGAGGGCUGAUCCAUGUCCAGGAGUGUGGAGAUUUGGUCAGAGUCCGGAAAAUCAGAGAGAACAGUUUUGUGCUCCUUGCAGAGUAUGACAUACUGGCACCGCCUGGUGACUGAAAUACAGGCCACAUACAUGGAUAAGUUUUAGGUACCAAAAUGUUUCUUGACAGUGACCUUAAUUAUUGGAAGCUAGUUAGCCUAGCUUUCCUUUUUCCAGUAGCUUUUUCAAGUCAAGCUAGCUUAGAGCAGUCUAAACAUAAAGGUUCUAAAUAAAUAAAACAAGACUGAUUUUAUAUAUUCAGGCAUGUGAUUGGCAUAGGGCAAAAAAUGCAGGAAAAUAUACUGAAACCACCCGACGAUUAAACUGGUGGCGGCUCUAAUAUGGAAG